AAUUUUUCGAAAAGAAUAUUUGCCUUUUUCAAUAAAUUAUUUUGUUCGAUGAUCGGGUUGCCGCAUUCCAUAGCAUAUAUUGUCUCGCUCUUACUCGCUUGUUUAAUCUUGCGUUCUCUUUUACGCUUUGUACAUUCAACUUGUUCCAUUCGUUCUGACAUUCAAAUAUUCAUUCAAAAAUCAGCUGUCAAUUCUAUUCACUUCACUUCACUCACAUGCCAUUGUUUUGGUUUUGCUUGUAUCAAAGGCUUGUAUUAUAAUAAUCGUACUGUUUUCCUUGAUACGCCCUAAAAUCCUUCGAGUUUUACAAAUAGAAUAAUGUGAAUAAGUGUAUCUGAUUAUGGGAAAAUAACGUGAUGUAUAUUUUAAUGCCUGUCAAAAUAAGAACAGCUGAUUUCUGUUGCUAGAGGAGCACUAAUAAAACUGGUUAAAAAAUACUGCAUUGUUAGUACUUAUCGAUUGUGAUACCUGUUGUGAUAUGAUAUAGUUUUCAAAGUUUGCCAAGAUGCUUCAUUAUAUUCUGAUAAUAUUAUACAUUUGUGCUUCUAUUAACGCUGAAGAAGUUCAAGAAUCAACAUUUGUAAUAUCCUUAAACAACACAUAUUCAAAUGACGAACUCUACAGCAGCAUAAUAGAUGUAAAAAGCAAAUCUAAAAUCCACUUUCAAUUCACUGAUGUUAAUAAAAAUAUCUCCUUCAUCAUCUUUCAAAUGCAUAGUCAUCUUUACAAUGUAACCAUGCGGAAUGAAACUUGUUUCAACAAUAAUAAGUUAAAUCGUACCUGUGAGAUAUUAAACGGGACAAACUUAGGUUUAUUCAGUACAACAGGACCGAUAUCAGACAUGUCUGUGACAAAUUUGAAUGAAAAGGAUUUAAAAAUAUUGAUAGCCGUUCAUGGAUAUAUUUAUGAGGAUCCAGUACCCGGCGGUUGCAAUUUAGAUGGCCCCAUAGAAACGCCUCCAUUUGUUUCAACAAGUACAUCACCAUACAGAGACUACAUAAGCGUAACCGCUCCAGCGCCAAGCCCUAGCUUAGCUCCGAAUAGAUGUGAACAGACUUUCAGUACUUUAACUUUCUACAGAUUAUAUUUGCCUGAAAGGGAUUUUAGUAUGGACUCGUACUUCGGGGGAAUAAAAACUAUGAUGAGCUUUCCUAGUGUUUUGAAGUACGGUGAAGAGAUACCCGAAACUCAUCGGUCAAACGUCCGCCGUACUAUGAGCGCGUACCCCGGCACGGGGGCAGUGUUGGUCGCAGUAGCACUAUUUAUAGAUGAUAAUGGCACGGAAAAUCUAACUCCACGUUGGUCUACAUAUGUACCGACCGUUACGUAUGUCUGCUCGCCUUUGGUGGAUGACGACUGCUUAUUGCUUCGUGAUCUGCUAUCCCAAACCCUCUGCGCGUCUCUUCUCUUCGUGGGCCUGUUUAUGUGCUACUUCGGACACAAGUUCUUUAAGACGGAGAUGUUCAUGUUCGGGAUGCUGAGCGGAGUUAUCAUUACUUACAUACUGAUCUCGCUGAUUGCUGAGAUGGAGCAAGCCCCUCUGAUUGGUGCAUCCUUCCUCUCCGGGAUCCUAUUCGGUUUCAUCUGGCUGACGUUCUGGUGGUUCUACGGCAUUCCUGUGUUCUCGGUGCUUCUGGUCACCCUGACCUUCGGCUUUUUCGCUGCCUGUGUCCUGUAUCAUCAAAUUCCUGGUGGCCUGACAAUGCUGCUUGAAGACCUGAACUUCUGGACCCUUUUCAUCCUAGUAAUGCUCCUGACAGCUGUCAUCCUGACACCUGCUACGUACCCAGCGAAUAUCCUCUGUUGCGCUGUGCUUGGCGCCUACGCGGCUAUAUACCCUAUUGACUACUGCUUAGGGUCCAAUUUGAAGUACAUCGCCAUUAAUACUGUGAGACGGGCUACUGUUGACAAGUUUCAAUAUGCUGUACUGUCGCCGCCUUUUGAAAUGAAUGAUGCUCUGCUAAUUCUCCUCUGGGUGAUGCUGGCCACAACAGGAUUCCUGUUCCAACAUUACCAUAACCGCGGCAAGCCCCCCUUCCCUCCCCCGCCGAGGAACAUUCGAGUGAGCCCCGAGGGUUACGGCUCUAUCACGCGUUUGGGCGCUGCUUCGGAUCCACCUCUGCGGACAGCCACCCUUACAAGCAACGAAAACACCCCUUUGCUGGCCAAAAAUGGCACUUAAUCUACCUACUUAAAGCUUAUUUUCAUAGAUUGCUAUUUAAAAAUUAUCGCUAUAUGAUCUCGCCUUUGAACGUAACAAAAUAUGUUUUAACCUUUGAACUGCGUGAUAUAUUGCAAGCUUAUAAAAUUUUGCCAAAAAACGCUAAUAUGUAAUAUAUAGCAAAAUAUUUUUUUAUUACCCGGGUGGGUACUGAGUUAGAGUCUCUUUUCACACCUAUCGAUGCGUAAUCUAAGCAAGAAGACCGAAAAAGACGUCGCUUGGCUCGGCCGACGCCUUACGACGCGUCGGAAGGUGUGGGCAGACCAUUAUUAACUCUCUAUAACGGUUUUGUUGUAUUUUGAAAAGUUAUAUUUUUAACAAAAUAAUUACAACAACAAAUAAUUUAUUUUUAAAUUCUUACUGAGUAAGUAAGAAGAUUUUAAUUUACGAUUCUAUAUACCCGUUUUAUGGAGAAAUUUUAUUUAUUUACUUUAAUACGGUGAAAAGGUUAAAGCGCAAAAUUGCAAAUGUCUUUGAUUUACUUAAUGAAUUUAAAAUUCUUGUAUAUUUUGUUUUGUUUAAGUUGGUACAGUCAACGGGGGGGAAUAGGGACGCCGAGGAGAAAUAGGGAUAACAUCGGCAAUAAGAUAAAUUAAAAUUACUAUUUACACAAAUUGUAUCAUACGAUAUCCACUAUUAAUUUCAACAUGGUGCAAUUUGUGUAAGAAGUUUUUAAGAAAUCAUUAGGUAAAUCUCAUUCCAGAUUUUAUUCCUAUUCACCCCGGCCGUUCCUAUUCACCCCGGUUGGCAAGUACCAUCGUUUUAUUCCUAGUGUUACCAAAUAUUUUAAAUAUUUAAGACUGUUGUCGUGAUAAUAUAUAUAUGUAUGUUAGAAGUAAUGUAUAAUCAGUACAUUAUCCAUAUAUGGGAUUUUAAACCUUAGCCAUACAUUUUGGAGGUGAUACAAAAUCGCUACAGAAAAUGGGUGGUCGUACAUUAGUAGUUGGUCUGACAACAUGUGGAUGUUCUUUACUGCACUUAAAACUUUUUUUAAAUUACAGUAGAAGGUGCUCAAACCCAGUUGUACGGUCACGUCUGAAAAUAUCGAUACGGACAAAGUGCCAAAAAUAUGUAUACACUAAUAUAUGGGCCAUAAGGUCGUGUAUACAUAUUUUUGGCACUUAGUCCGUAUUAAUAUUUUUAGACGUGAGCGUAGGUAUUAGGCAUUACCUAGUAAUUUAAAAUAAUUUAUUGGUCAAAUAUCAAAUCGGUUAUAAAAAUCCAAUGUUAUAAGAAUCUUUAGCUUAAACAUAUUUUAUUUAAUCUACUUUUUACUAAGGUUUGUUAGAAAAUAUAUAGUUAGUGUCAUCCACGAUGACGCGCAGAUUUGUCAAAUCUAACCUCUAAUAACUCAAUACGACUCAAGUCACGCGUCUUCGUGAAUGACGCGAUCUAUACAGACCGUUAACACCGUGCCAUGUUGAAUAAACACAAAAAAAUCCCAAUCCGUUUAAAAAGAAUUGGCACUAUGGCAAAAGAUUAGCCAUUCAAAUCAAACGCAGUUUGAGGGAUGGACAGACAACAUCUAAACCAAUUAUGAGCGUAGAUAAUCUGAAUUGUUUGACAGGGGUGCUGCGUGUUUCUGAUAGAAUUCCAUUAUAGGGUAAAUAGGGUGCAGUGCAUCACAACUACUUCUAUAACUCUCGCAUCGAAUGAUGGUUUCUACGACAUUUCUUUAAGAGCCCGGUAACGAUUUUAGUGCAAAAAUGUAAAAUUGAGAGAUUUAAUCGUUGAAAUUGUACAGUCAGCAUCAAAAGUCACGGAUCUAAUAACGUUUCAUAAGUAUCAUUUUGUAACAGCUUAACAAAAAGUGACGUCUUUAAUAUAGAACAACUAAGACUGUAAAAGAUACACUUUUGAAUGUGAAUUUUAGAAAUUUAUCUAUAUCUGGAAAUCCUCCUUUUUCUGGAAAUGAUCUCCUAUUGACGGAAAUGGAUUGUCAAACUAGUCUUAUCGGCUUAGCUGUCAAAGGCUCUCUAAUGUCACGAAAGCUUUUUUUAUUUUGUUUUUUUUUGUAGUUUUCAAGCAAAAUGAUAUGCAUUGCGAAUUGAUAAGUUGAUCGUAGUAUAAUAUACUAAUUAAAAAUCAACUUCAUCGACUAUCAACAAUGUACCUUUUGACUGAAAACGUCACAUUUUAAUUGAAAUAAUGGUUGUUAUUCAAUGUUAAUCUGUAUAAUUGAUUGUAUUGUAUAAUCUGACGACCGGUUUGGCCUAGUGGGUAGUGACCCUGCCUACGAAGCUGAUGGUCCCGGGUUCAAAUCCUGGUAAGGGCAUUUAUUCGUGUGAUGAGCAUGGAUAUUUGUUCCUGAGUCAUGGGUGUUUUCUAUGUAUUUAAGUAUUUAUAAAUAUUUAUAUAUUAUAUAUAUCGUUGUCUAAGUACCCUCAACACAAGCCUUAUUGAGCUUACUGUGGGACUUAGUCAAUUUGUGUAAUAAUGUCGUAUAAUAUAUAAUAUUUAUAAUUUAAGUAAACGCAUGUAGUUUAUAUUGUUGACUGUAACAAAAUGUUAAAUACAUUCAACCUACUAUUAGUCGAAUACUGACCAGCCCAGCGGUGGCAGCAUGGUUGCAUUCACCUGUCACUAUGUCUGUCACUUUCGCACUUACAUACUUGUUAGAACGUGACAGGCAUGGUGACAGGCGAUAAAAUGCGACCGUGCUUAGCCCGCAGAUUUUUUUCAUUUGUCAAAGGUUGCGUGUUGAAGUAAUUCUUUUUUUAUUCUACCAUUGUUAUAGAUAGAUGAUACUUUACUUUCCAUUAAGACCGAUUAUAUAAUAAUUUUAUAAGUAAGAUAAAGUGCAUUGGGCUUAAAUCGAAAGCGGGGUAAUUUUGAAAAUGGCCAAUAUCGCACAUUCUACUAUAGCAAUGGUAAGCAAUAUGCCUCGGUAAGCGUUGCAAUAGCAUAAGUAUUGCUAUACUUGCCGCAAAACUAACUGGCAAAUGAGAUCAUAAUGCUAUCUCCUUUACCCUUGUUAAGACCAACCAACAGUGAAAGAGAUAACAUUAUGACCUGACUCGCCACUUUGCGGCAAGUAUAAAGAAGGGUAAGUGUUGCUAAAGUGCGAAGAGCUUCUAGUUUUAGCGAUAUUUGCCAUUUUCAAAUUAAAAACGCUUCGAAGUUAACCCAAGGCACCUUAAAUUGAAUGUUCCCAUAUUGUGUAUAAGUUAUAUUUACUGUUCACCUACUCGAUAGGCUUUUCAAACUCAAUUGCUAAUUAAAUAAAUAUUUUUCUAUAA